CGCCCUCGGAAUCGGUGGAGGAGGAGGAGGAGGAGAAGCGCUUUAGCCACUUGAUGAGAUGCAGAGAGGAGACAGAAGCUGCUCCCGUGGAUGUGCGUGAUGUUUGAAUCCUCCAUCGGAGUUUCAGAGCAAACUGCAGCCAAGCACUGAUCCCCAGUGAUCCGUGUCACCAUGCCAACUCCUACGAUCCUCACGGCAACCUGGAGUCCUCAGAGGAGCUGCUAGGUUUACAAGUAUAGCUCCAUCUCUGUUAGCCUACAUAAAGCGGAUCCCCUCCACGAGACCAGGAGGCAGAGAUGGUUUUCCACUGGAUUCUCCGGCUGAUUUUCAUGUUGCUGGUGAAGACAGGACUUGUUGCUGGAUGUGUUUGCCCAGCAGCCACUAUUUUGUCCCAGUUUCCCUUGGAGGUUCCUGUUGAUGUGUGCUGCUUGAACUACUCUGGAUCUGAUUUCAGCCAUGUGCCCUGGUCUGUGUUUACCAACAAGACAAACAUAGAGACACUGGAUCUGUCCAACUGUAACAUGAGCUCUCUUGAUAUCAAUGACAAAGAGGCCCCUAGGGCCUCUGCAUUGCAGAAGGUCUACUUGAGUCAUAAUAGACUAAAAAUGCUACCAGGGGGGUUUCUGGCCAGCCAUCCCAGCCUGAAGGAGCUGGAUCUGAGUGGUAACCUGCUUCAGGAGUUUCCCGAGGACUUCCUAAAGGACUCCAACAACCUCCAGAAGCUGUAUCUGCAGGAAAACCAGCUACGAUUCCUGCCUAACACUAUACUGCAGAUGCCUAUGCUUCAAAAGUUGGAGCUGGAUGGUAAUCACUGGGACUGCUCCUGCUUGUUGCUGGAAGGCCUGGAGGCGAGAAAGGAGGCUAAUCACACCAUCAAACUGCAGGAUCUGCUUGGGAACAUGACCUGCUUCUCUCCCUGGCACCUGGAAGGCAGGACCGUGUUGUCUGUGCGGCUUACCAAUGUGUGUCGGCCACCUGGCCUCACAGCACUCUUUAUUGUCCUUCCCCUCCUCAUCCUCUCCGCUUUGCUACUCUGCUGGUGCUGUGGGAGGACGAAGAAGAAGAAAGAAGUGCCUACAUUCAGCAGCUCAAAAAAGAGGUCUCACAGUUCAAGCUGCAAUGGCCAGAAGCAUCGAAGCAAACAACAGCCUUCAGCGCCUGAGCAGGGUAAAGCUGGACAGGGGAUCCUGAAGAACCAGCUGCUGCUUCGCCCAGCGUCCACCCUCCUGGGCAGCACCAGGGACAUCUAUGAAGAAGUGGAGAUCAAGCUGGGCUCUGUAGAGUCCCUUCCUCGGGUCUCUUCAUGCCGUUCCAGCUCCACAGAGGAGAGGCAAGGCUCUCAGGAGCCUGAUGGGGCCAGUAAGACAGAACUGGACACAGAGAGUGUGACAGAAGUGCUGAAAGACUCAGCUGACAGAGAGAAAGCUUACAUGACUCAGUCCACUGAGUACUACAGCCUGGUGCCAGGUAUUGAACUAGAGGACUCGGACCACGGCGAGUAUGAGAAUGUCGACCUAUCAUGACAUCAUCUUCCAAAAAACAGAAUAAGUUAGCAUUGUGGGAAAUACGUUUUUGAUGAGAACAUCUGUGGCGCUCACAUGGUGCCUUCAAAUCAUCUUGAUAAAUGAUGAGUUCUUAAGAUAUUCCUGCCAAAGUUAGUAUAGGUUUCUGUUUUCGCUUGUGUUUUUGUCAGUCCUCUUCGAUUUCAUUGAACCAGCAACACACCGGCUCUGCUGGUUCAGCAACUGAUUAGGUUGAAUCUCUCAAUUUUUAAAAAAUAGCAAGAGAAGGGAUUGAAAAACAAAGGAAAUACUUUCGUCAUAAAGCAAAGCAAAGCAAACCUCACAUAGCACAACGACUGAAAGUUUGGAGGAAUGCUGAGCAAGGCUGUGUCUUAAAUUAAAACGAUACCUGUUGGUGCUAUUAUAGCUCACCUGAUUGAGCAGGUGACCCAUUUGCUCCUCACAUUCUCCCUCUCUUUGUUUGUUUUUCUGUCAACUCUCUGUACUGUGCUAUCUACCAAAGGCAGAAAGUAAAGCUAUUAACAGCUCUAUAUAAUGAACAACAUCUCUUUGUGUAUCUGUGGAUUAUUUUUAUUUUUUUAACAAGUUUUAAAGCCCGGAAACACGACAACUAGCAGGGCAGUGCUAACAGGAAAUUGCUAGUGCUAGUCAAAAACAUGCUCCGAGUAAACACGUACAUGUGUUCGUGUCAGUGACGUUCAACAGCAAUAGAUGUCGUUUUACAGUAGUGGAUUCUGACUUGUCAUAGGUGGGAACGCACAGGUGGCAUUUAUGAAAGCGUCGUUCCAAUAACCAGUUAACCAGCAUUCCAUAAGCAUGGAAGUGAAAUGCUGCCGACACUGAUACGUCUGUUCUUUCCCCACUGUGACGCAUAAAAAAGUCUACUUUACACUAAUUUGGUUUCCUUCAAAGUCAGCACUGUUCUGUUUGCUUGCUUUGGCCAGAGGCGCAAAUUUGAGUAUCUAAAUUUAUACAAAUUUAAUAUUUUCAGUAUGCUGGUUUGACUGGGCCUUUUAAGGUGCUGGUAUGCUGAUGUUUCUUUUUUUUAUCCUGGAGAAAGCCAGGCUAGCGGUCUGCCCUACUUCAAAAGAAGAUCUAUGAUAAUCAGUUGAUUUUCUGUCUAAAACAAGCCUUUUUAGCCCCAAGUUUCAUCUGAUUAUCUGCCCUUUAGGCCAUAAAUGAAAAAAAACAAACACAUAGGCCCUUGUCACUCAGAAAAUCUCACCCUGCUUCUGGCUCUAUAUUUAAUACACAAUUUAUAACUGGGCAGAAAAAUAAAAGUAUUUACCAAGAUUUCAAAUUAUUGUUUAAAAAAACCCCAGAAAAGUUAACUACAGAAACAGUGUGGUCCAACCUCCACAGUAUCACAAUGUGUGAGGAAGUGAUUUAAUCUAGAGCUUUUCCUGUGGGACUUAAGGAACGCUGUGACGAUUUGAAGGGGAAGCCUGAUUUUUUUCUCUCUCUUAUGGAAAAAAGCUAAAAGAGAUUUAUUCUAUUUAAUGCUGAGUUUGGUGCGCUUUACACUUAAUGUUGUUUUCAAGACUGUAAGGACAUAUUUUAUCUACUAAGUACAGCAGCCUUUUGUGUCUAUUUUUCUUUACCUCAUCCAACUGUUAUUGUUUCAUGCAUUCCUGCUUGUUGACUUGACUUGUUACUUGUACAGUAUACAAGAGGAUUCCCGAUUAGGCUGCACAACCAGAAAUAUAGGUGCUGAACUAUGACUAACCCCUCUGCUAUGCUCAUAGUUCAUUUAGAGCUAAAUGUGGAAUCUAAAGCUAAGACGAGAAAUCAGAUUUUAAGUGUCAUUCAUUGUUAAGGGAGGAUAAAAAGAUGGACAUUUGCUCUUGCUUUGCGUCACACACUGAAAUGUGCAGACAGGUUGGAAAAUGCAAUGGUGGUUGGGUCUAAAUACUGGCUUAAGAUAAAAAUCUUCAGUGCUGGUUUGGUAAAGUAGACCUGAGACCUGCACGAAAGCAAACACUACACAGCAGGGUUAUUGUGACAGUGGAGGACGCUUGAUUGUUAUCAAAGAUGUGGAAAACAGACGGACGUCUCGCUCUCACACUUGCUGGGUUUGAAAGCUAAUUGGGCUUUUUUGUUCAGGGAAAUCCAGAGGGUGCAGCAAGGGGUGUGGAGCUUCCUGCAAUUGAAAAAAACUGAAGCUUAUUUUCCAGAUGGGUUUUCACAUGUUUUCCAUUUAAGCUUUAUUUAUCAACACUGUAAUGUUUGCCCAGUGCUCUUAGGUCAAAAGACAAAUGCAAAGGCAGUUUCUACACAAAAUAACAAAAUAUGUUAUGUUAAAAGGGCCAUAUAGCUACUGGACACUAAUGUGCUAUUGUGUACGCUGUAGUUGAUAUUCUCUGGUUAUUAUUUCAAUGCCUGCCAAUCUUUACAUUCUUGUCACUGGUUUACAAUGAUGGCAGUUGAAGAUGCACCAGACUUCAUUUUUCACUGAUAUGUACAAAAUAAUAACCUGCUGGCAGAAUUUAAUCCUGCAGUUUGUGAAAUAGUAACAAAAUGUGAUCUGUUUGUUUGUAUACAUAUGUGACACAAAUUGCCUCCUUUUUUCUAUGAUAGUGGUAAACAUUGUAUUUUUAACCCAAAUCACAGUCUUUUUCUAAAUCUAACCACGUCGUUUUGGUGCCAUAUAACCUGACCAAAAAUGUAAAAAUGAUAAACAAGUUAGUACAUUGUUGGAGUCAGAUUGUAGUCUGUUAUGUGAAAGCCCUGUCUUUAUGCCACCAUUGCCAUGUCCUGCCUUCUAAACCCUAGUCACACAGGACUAGAGACUGGUUGGCGACCACCUGGCAACCUCUGGUUGGUAGGGAAAAAUGUUUAUUCCCUGGCUGGUUGGUAAGUGGUUGAUGGCUGUCGCUGGGUAAAAUUAAUCAGAAAGAGGUAUAUGAUGCUGCACCAAAAGCCUCAUUGCAAUUACUUUUGCUGAUAGAACAAUGCUGUGGUCACCUGUAGUUGGCAUAGAAUAUACAUACUUGUCUGCAAACACUUGCCAACUACUUGUGGCGGCAGUGGUUGUGGAACUGUGAAGAGUGCAACACAAACCAGUAAUGGAGACUUUGUUUUCAAUGUAAAGUUGUAUGUGUUUAAACAUGUUACCUUUAGACAUGAGGCACACUUUUUUUGUGAAGGUGAAUAUUCUCCAUUUCCUAAUUUGCGUUGCACUUUUUCAAGUCUCACCUCUGAUUGGUAGCUGGUCAGCAUUUACAGUGAAGUUAACAUCCUCCAUACAAACUACGCGUGACUGCAGAAACCAGCCAGCAACCAAAGCAAUCACAAGGAGGUUUUUGGUACAGGUCCCUCUUUGUGACCAAUUUCAUCCAGCAACAGCUCAUUUAAGUGAAAUUUUAUUAUUCAGAUUUAAUAGAUAUCAUUUUGUGUUUUUUUUUUCAAAAAGUACUGUCUUUUUUUCUGUGUCCAUGUAGGCUACACAAAAAAGAGGAAAACUGGUGUCCGUGUUUUCACAAAUUACCUUGAGACUGUGUUGAGAUUUUGUAAGUUAAUUUUAGAUAACAGAAAUUCACUCCAUGAACUGAAAAACAAACAAACAAACAAAAAAUAAAUAAAAACAGCAACAACAAAAAAGUACACAAAAAGAGUAGAGGUAGAGGAUAAUACUACAAUUAAAUAUUUAGUUGGUGAUAAGGAAACAUUGUUUUACAUACCUCAUAUUUUAAACAGUUUGCAUUUGCUUUUACCUUGAAUUAAGUAGUAUUUUAUAAUGUGGACUACACAAGUUUUUUGUUUGUUUGUAAACAUAUUGGUAGAUAAAGUUCAGCCACUACUUUAGGCGCGUAAUAUAACUUUAGCUUGAAAAAAAAAAUAGCAUUCAGGAUUCAGGAUUAGCAUUUACCUAAAUACUGAAUACUACAGUGAAUGUACUACUGGACCUUUUAUGUUACCCAUAAACCCUCAGAGUUGUAAAUUAAUCAUGUAUUUGUUUAAUAUGUAUUCAUCUACUAGCUAGUUAGCAGUCACGCUAACAUUUGAAACUUAAUGGGGAAAGGCAUAAAAGGUGACAACUUUCAAGCUUUACUACAACUAACUAUACUUUUACUGUAUAAAUACAUGUAAGUCCAAAUGUUUACAGGCCUGGUAGGUAGUUAUAAUUCUACAUUUCUGGACAUUUCCUGUUUGCAGGUGUGGUGUAGCUAAAUGUCAAAUACAUUUUCAUAAAGCACUCUUUUUUUCUAGGCUAAAUACAUUUGAUAACAUUUAGUCCUGCUAGAAAAUUAACCUUGCCAAAAACAAAUGAUACAAGAAAUCCAAAAUAUCCUAUAUAAGGGGUGUUUGACAUUUUAUUUCAUAGGCCAUGUGGCCUAAUUUAAUCUCAAAUGGGUUGGACCAAUAAAACCAUUGUAUAAUUUCUUCAUCUUUAUGUUUACAGAAUGAAAAAUAAAUAAAUUUACCAAGUCAUCAAUUGAUAAACAACCUGAGAUAUCUUUAAAAAUCAAAACAUGUGCCAUGUCAAAUGUGUGUAAGUUUGUUUAAUAUUCACUCAGUCUACUGUUAUCACAAAGAAAGGCUAUAGUUAUAAAUGAAAGAAAUGUCUUGGCAUGGGUCCUUUUUUGUGAUGGCAGGUCAUAGAUUUUGUCUUUGUCAGUAAAAAUGCUUUGAAACUGACAAUAAUUCAGACAUCUGCCUUGGACUGUGAAAUAUAGUCAAAAGUCCAGAAUUGUCUUCAUUAUGUGCAGUUUUCACACUUUUGAAAGCUAUGCAGUGGGCGGGUUUUGUUCUGUUGGCUACAUGAUUGACACCCCUUCCAUAAAUACUCCAACUUCUUCAGUAUCGUUCAAUCAUUGCUAAUCAUCCGGACAUAAAACGGCAACACUGUAUGUAAUAAAAGCACUGAUUUUCUUUUAACCGCAUUUAUACAGGAAGAUGCACUACUUUGAUUGUUUCUGUAUACAUUUUAAUAUUGU